UCUGUGCACACAGCUUCGCACGCUGUGAUGUCUGUGCAGUGGCCUCUCUAUGAGCCGGUCAUGGAGCGUGGGACCUGCUUCAUCUAACUGACCCCCCGCACCCACACUCCAUCUGUGGACUCAAGGACUCUGGCCUUUCCCGAGAGGAGCCGGGAGGAGGACCCCUCAGCCCAUGACAUUCCGAACGUCAUGUCCAUGGGGUCAGACCUGUUCAGGGAUGUGGCCGUCGUCUUCUCCCGGGAAGAAUGGGAGUGGCUGGCGCCUGCUCAGAGGGAUCUGUACAGGGACGUGAUGUUGGAGACCUACAGCAACCUGCGCUCGCUGGAUCUCGCCAUUUCCAAACCUGAUGUGAUCGCCUUCCUGGAGCAAGGCAAGGAGCCCUGGAGGGCGGCGGAGGCAGCGGCGGGAGGCCUGUGUCCCGGAAUCCACGCCAGCGAGAAACCCUAUCAAUGUAAGGAGUGUGGGAAGGCCUUUAAGUACGGCUCGCGCCUGGUUCAGCACGAGAACAUCCAUUCCGGCAAGAAACCCUACGAGUGCAAGGAGUGUGGGAAGGCCUUCAACUCGGGUUCCAACUUCAUUCAGCACCAGCGGGUCCACACCGGCGAGAAGCCUUACGCGUGUCAGGACUGCGCCAGGGCCUUCGGCCGGAGCUCCCAGCUGAUCGAACAUCAGCGCAUCCAUACCGGCGAGAAGCCCUAUCAGUGCAAAGAGUGUGGCAAGGCCUUCAAUCGGAUCUCGCAUCUGAAAGUCCACGGUAGGAUUCACACGGGGGAGAAGCCCUACGCCUGCAAGGAGUGCGGGAAGACCUUCAGCCACCGGUCCCAGCUGAUCCAACACCAGACUCUUCACACUGGCAAGAAGCUCUAUGAAUGUAAGGACUGCGGGAAGGCCUUCAAUCAGGGCUCCACGCUCAUCCGGCAUCAGAGAAUCCACACGGGCGAGAAGCCCUACGCAUGUCAGGCCUGCGGGAAGGCGUUCCGGGUGAGCUCACAGCUGAAGCAACACCAGAGAAUCCACACGGGAGAGAAACCCUACCCGUGCAAGGCGUGCGGGAGGGCUUUCAAGCGGGUCUCUCACCUCGCUGUGCAUUACAGGAUCCACACGGGGGAGAAACCCUACGUGUGCCAGGCCUGUGGGAAGGCCUUCAGCCACAGCUCCCAGCUGACUCAGCAUCAGGUCGUCCACACCGAGGAGAAGCCCUAUGACUGUAAGGAAUCGGGGAGGACUUUCGAUCGUGGUCCCGCUACUCUUCGACGUCGGAGAAGGCAAAGUAGAGAAGCACAGGUGAACGUGAUCAACGUAGAAAAGCCUUCCAUCAGCGCUUACCCCUUGUUGAUCAUCAGAGAACUUAUGUUAGCAAGCAACCAUAGGAAUGGAAGUGAUGGGGAGAGCCCAUUGUCCAUAGCAGCCCCGUCACCAGGGGCCUGCGCACCCGCUGAGCGGAAACGUGGUCUGUCCUUCCAGAGCGCGGUGACGUUUGGGGACCUGGACGUCGCUUUCUCCCAGGAGGAGUGGGGCCGGCUGAGCUGCGCCCAGAAGGCCCUGUACAGAGACGUGAUGCUGGAGAACUACCGGAACCUGGUGUCGCUGGGUCUCUGCCGCUCUAAGCCCGACGUGAUCUCCUCCUUGGAACAGAGGACAGAGCCCUGCAUGGCCAAGAACGGGUUGACAGGAGGCCGGUGCCCAGGCCAACAAUCUGUACAUGAGACCCAGGAAUUAUUUCCAAAGCAGGAUUUAUUUGCUGAUGUGCUAACAGACAGAACUUUAAGCACUAAUCUGGAAUGUUCAACUUUCAGAGAAAAUUGGGAUUCUGAGGGUGUGUUUGAAAGGAAGCUGGUAGGCCGGGAGACACAAUUCAGGCAAGAAACAGGCACUAAUAGCAAAACCCUCUCUAAAGAAAGAGAGCGUACGUAUAACAAAUCUGGAAGAUGGUUCCCUUUGGACGUGUCAGAAGAGAGAGUUCAUAACCGUGAUUCAGUUAAGAAAAGUUUCCCCCAAAAUGCAGUGGCGAUAAAACAUACAGGAGUCUGCACAGGAAAAAAACCUUUCAAAUGUAAUGAAUGUAAGAAAACGUUCACCCAGAGCUCAUCUCUUACUGUUCAUCAGAGAAUUCACACCGGAGAGAAACCCUAUAAAUGUAACGAGUGUGGAAAGGCCUUUAGCGAUGGCUCCUCCUUUGCCCGACAUCAAAGAUGUCACACUGGCAAGAAGCCCUACGAAUGCAUUGACUGUGGGAAAGCCUUCAUACAGAACACAUCCCUUAUUCGUCACUGGAGGUACUAUCACACUGGGGAGAAACCCUUUGAAUGCAUCAACUGUGGGAAAGCCUUCAGUGACCACAUAGGACUUAAUCAACACAGGAGAAUUCAUACUGGAGAGAAACCCUACAAAUGUGAUGUGUGCGACAAGUCCUUCAGGUACGGCUCAUCCCUUACUGUUCAUCAAAGGAUUCAUACUGGAGAGAAACCGUAUGAGUGUGAUGUUUGUCGAAAAGCCUUCAGCCAUCAUGCAUCCCUCACUCAACAUCAAAGAGUGCAUUCUGGAGAGAAACCUUUUAAGUGCAAAGAAUGUGGGAAAGCUUUUAGGCAAAAUAUACACCUUGCUAGUCACUUGAGAAUUCACACUGGAGAGAAGCCCUUUGAGUGUGGGGAAUGUGGCAAAUCCUUCAGCAUCAGUUCACAGCUCGCCACUCACCAGAGAAUUCACACUGGAGAGAAGCCCUAUGGGUGUAAAGUUUGCAGUAAAGCCUUCACCCAGAAGGCUCACCUCGCACAGCAUCAGAAAACUCAUACGGGAGAGAAGCCAUACGAGUGCAAGGAAUGUGGGAAAGCCUUCAGCCAGACCACACACCUCAUUCAGCAUCAGAGAGUUCAUACCGGAGAGAAGCCCUAUAAAUGUGUCGAGUGCGGGAAGGCCUUUGGUGAUAACUCAUCCUGUACGCAACAUCAGAGGCUUCACACGGGCCAGCGGCCUUAUGAAUGUUUUGAGUGUGGAAAGGCAUUUAAGACAAAGUCAUCCCUGAUUUGUCAUCGCAGAAGUCACACCGGAGAGAGACCGUAUGAGUGCACUGCCUGUGGCAAAGCCUUUAGCCAUCGCCAGUCCCUUAGCGUGCAUCAGCGGAUUCAUUCCGGAAAGAAACCGUAUGAAUGCAAGGAGUGUAGGAAAACCUUCAUCCAGAUUGGACACCUCAAUCAACACAAGCGAGUCCACACGGGCGAGCGGGCCUAUAACUACAAGAAAAGCAGGAAAGUCUUCAGGCAGAGCACACACUUUGCUCAUCAACGAAUUCAUGCCGGAGAGUCAUCCGCACGCCCCUCCUUACCUUCCACGUCAAAUCCUGUGGAUCUUUUCCCCAGAUAUCUCUGGAACCCAUCCUCGCUCCCAUCACCAUAAUCUCAGUAUCGUUCUUCCAGCUAGACUACUCCAGUAGUGUAUAGACUGGUCUCUGCUCUUUUGUUUUUGUCCUCGACAAGGUUGUUUUUCACGUGGCAGUCAGGGUGAUGUGGCUGUGAAUGUAACUCGCUCACUUCUGAUGUAAAAACUUGCAUUGAGGUCCUCUAAACUGGUUACUGCCUAAGACGCUCCUAGAACAGUGCCUCGUCCACACGAAGUGUGAGUGACUUUAGCUCCUUUACAACAUUAUUUUGGGACAUUGAAGCAUUGCCAUAGUUAGCUCUGAAUAAAAAUGGUGCAUAACACAAGACCAGGCGGAACAAGGUUUUAGAUUGGGAAGAUGAGUUUGGGGAAGUCCAUGAAGCUUUGCCUAUGUCGUUUUAAAACUUGAUUCCAUUUUGCUGAGUUCAUGUUGUGGGUUUCCACCUUAUCUGCAUAAAUGUAAGGUGCACUUGGUGAGAAAAUUUAGCUUUACAUCUGACAACAGUCUUAGGAAGUGUGUAGGGAAUAUGGAUGAGUAGGUCACCUGGAACAAUCAGAAAAUGCAAGCUUUAUAUGAAUAAAGUUAAAACUACAGACAUGUUACUCGAGAAUUAGAAAAUUUGGCAAGAUUUGACCUAUUGAAAGUCACCUGGACUCAUGAAUGAGUCCUCUUAAACUUUCAAGGAACCAUUAACCUGAGGUAUACUCAUCAAGAGUAGGGGUCAGCAGCCCUCGCUGACUUGGCUCAUUGGAAAAAGUGUCAGCCUGUGGAUUGAAGGGUCCCGGGUUUGAUUCUGAUCAAGGGCCCGUACCUCAGUUGCAGACGCGAUCUCUGCACCUGGUCAGGUCUUAUGCGAGAGGCAACCUAUCAAUGUGUCUCUCUCACAUCAUUGUUUCUCCCCCUCCCUUCCACUUUCUAAAAACCAAAGGGAAAAUAUCCUCAGGUGAGGAUUAACAACAAAAAAGAGUAGGGGUGAGCAAACUGACUCAUGGCCAAAGUCUCACUGGCUGUUUUUGUAUGGCCCAUAACCUAAAUUUUUAAAACAUGUUUAAAUGGUUGGACAAGUUAAGAGAAUAAUAUUUUAUGACAACAUGACUAUUAUAUGAAAUUUACAUUUCAGUGUCUGUAAAGUUUUAUUGGCUCACAGCCACACAUUUUUAUUUUUUUACAUAUUGCCUUUGGCUGCUUUCAUUCUACAAGGUCAGAGUUGAGUACCUGCAACAUACAAAAUACAGCCUGCACAACCUCAAAUAUUUACUAUCCUUUUACAGAAAAAGUUUGCCCACCCCUGCUCUAGCACAGAGAAGUAAUAUACAAAAGGUUCUAAUUAUUUCUUCAAGGAAAAUACAACUUUUACAUCAACAUGAAAACUGUCAAGCAACUUCAAAUAGAGGUGAUGGGAAACGAUUAAACCAUAUUGAACAAUAUAAAAUGUGAAUAAAAAGAAAUAUAUUUUUCUAGAUGAAACACUGGAUACUAUUAAAAUAUUUGUAAAGUGUUUUUCCCAACAGAGUCCCAGUAGGAUAUGUUUAUUUUGACAGUUUUUUUUAAAACCACACGAGGAAAGAUAAUUUGUCAAGUAUAGCCAGACAUUUUAACAAUAAGUUUCUUUGCAUUUGAAAUUUUAUAAAAAGACUGGUUUUUAAUUUUGGGGAAAUGAUGUUUGACAGUCCGUUGUCUACUCUCCAAAAACAAAACAAAACAGCAAAUUUACACCUUCCAGGGGAAUGUAAUACAAUUGUAUAUAAUACAGUUGGAUUUAUUUAGCAGAACAUGGAGUCCUAGAACACAUUGUUAGAGAGUCAAGUUGGCCCAAAUAAAGAUGUAAAACUUCAGCAUUGAGAAAGGCACCAAAGAGGUAUGAAAGACAAUUGAUAGGAAAUAUAUACAACUUAUAUGGAAAAACCAACAACAAAUUAUGUCAUUUAGGAACAAAGUGCUAUUACACAUACAAAGCAAUGGGAAGAAGUUGACAGUGUAUACCAACAGGCCUGUCACAGUUGAAGAAUUCACAUGAACAAAGAAAAUUUGUGAAGUUCUUAGCCAUUACAAAUGAAAACAAAUUGGCCUCUCAGAUGGGUCAAAAUCUAGAAUUUGGAUACCAUCCAGCACUGGUAUCAGUGGGGAGAACAGGCACUUGUUCAUCAUUAGUGUGUAAGUGAGUCUCAUCUUUUUGGAAAACAACACAACAAGACUUACCAACAUGAAUGUGCAUUUCUCUUGAAACCGUCAUUCUAGAUCUGUUAAUGUUAUCCUAUUGGAAUAAAUGGGGAGAUGUAAAUAAUA